AUGGACACACCGCCGCCGGAGGUCGAAAUGGCAGUAGAUGAAAGUACUCGAUUUCAAGAAUUCACAUCUCGAUCUGUGUUGAGAAUUCACAGGGAAAGGUGCAAUAAGAGAAAAAUAUUGUCGGAUUUAUUGCAACAUACUAGGCCUAACAUGGCUUCAGGAAAAUACUCUAGAGUUGAUGGUCGGAAAUCGUCAUCGGGCUAUUGUUCGACCGUCACGAUUGUGGUGUUUGUGGCCCUCUGCCUGGUUGGGGUAUGGAUGAUGACAUCGUCAUCCGUGGUCCCUGUUCAGAAUCCAGAUGUCUCGCAGGAGAACAAAAAUGAGGUGACCACGCCCACCACUGAGACCAGAAAUGAGGACAAUAGCAAUGUUGCAAAUGAAGAUAAUGAUAAAAUCCAAAAAGACGAGGGCCAAGCAAAGCAGUUUGAGGAUAACCCUGGCGAUCUGCCUGAGGAGGCCACCAAGGGGGACACAAAAGUUGACCAGGUGGAUAAGAAAGAUACGCAAGACGAGGUGGAUACAAAUCAGGCGGAGAAAAAUGAGCCGUCAGAGGAGCCAGCGAAGAACACUGAUGAAUCUGAGGAUCAGAAGGCUGGGAAUGAAGAAAAGAAGGAUGAAGGGUCUAAUAAUGAGACAGAAAAUGGAGAAGACGAGAAGAAAGCUGAUAAGGAAUCCCAGUCGAAUCAAGACUCAGAAAAUAACGAAAACACCUCCUCUGAUGAUGGGGAGAAGAAGUCCGAAGAAGAUUCAGGCAAAACAGAUGGUGACAAAGGAGAGGGUCAGACAGAUGAGAAGACCACUGACGAAAAGAAUAAAUCUAAUGAAGUCUUUCCUUCUGGCGCCCAAUCGGAGCUUACGGAUGAGUCGGCAACACAGAACGGAUCAUUUUCGACUCAGGCGACAGAGUCAAAAAAUGAGAAAGAUGCUCAAAAGUCAUUGCAAUCAGAGAUUCAAAGUAAAUACAGCUGGAAGGUUUGCAAAACCACUGCCGGGACGGAUUUUAUUCCAUGCCUUGAUAACUUGGAGGCAAUAAAAAAGCUUACUUCGACUAAGCACUAUGAACACAGGGAGAGGCACUGUCCCGAUCAAUCACCUACCUGCCUUGUUCCCCUUCCCGAAGGUUAUCGACGUUCGAUUGAGUGGCCCAAAAGUCGGGAGAAGAUUUGGUACACUAAUGUGCCCCAUACAAAGCUUGCAGAAGUUAAGGGACACCAGAACUGGGUUAAAGUUAGUGGUGAAUACCUUACGUUUCCCGGUGGUGGCACCCAAUUUAAGCAUGGUGCUCUUCACUACAUUGACUUCAUACAACAGUCUGUACCCGAGAUUGCCUGGGGCAAGCGUUCCCGAGUGGUUCUGGACGUUGGCUGUGGGGUUGCUAGUUUUGGUGGUUUCCUCUUUGAUAGGGAUGUGCUGACUAUGUCAUUAGCCCCAAAAGAUGAACAUGAGGCUCAGGUUCAAUUUGCGCUUGAGAGAGGAAUCCCAGCAAUAUCUGCUGUUAUGGGUACUAAGAGACUUCCGUAUCCUGCCAGAGUUUUCGAUGUUGUUCAUUGUGCACGUUGUAGGGUGCCAUGGCAUAUUGAAGGUGGUAAGCUUCUCUUGGAGCUGAACCGUUUACUGCGACCUGGAGGUUUCUUUGUUUGGUCUGCGACCCCCAUUUAUCAAAAACUUCCAGAGGAUGUUGAGAUAUGGGAAGCCAUGAAGCAGUUGACACAAGCAUUGUGCUGGGAAGUUGUCUCGAUAACCAAGGACAGAAUAAAUGGAGUUGGUAUCGCCUUGUACCGUAAACCCACUACAAAUGAAUGCUAUGAACAGAGGUCGAAAAGUGAGCCUCCUCUAUGCAAAGACACUGAUGACGCCAAUGCUGCUUGGAAUGUGCCUUUGCAAGCAUGCAUGCACAAAGUUCCUGUUACUUCAUCUGAACGAGGGGCCCAGUGGCCAGAGCAGUGGCCUGCUAGGGUUGAGAAGGUGCCUUACUGGCUGUCAAGCUCUGAGGUUGGAGUUUAUGGCAAACCAGCUACGGAAGAUUUUGUUGCGGAUUAUGAACACUGGAAGCGUGUAUUUAACAACUCAUAUCUAAAAGGAUUGGGUAUAAACUGGUCUACUGUGAGGAAUGCCAUGGAUAUGCGAGCUGUCUAUGGAGGAUUGGCUGCUGCUAUGAGAGAAUUAAAUGUGUGGGUUAUGAAUGUCGUUUCUAUAGAUGCUCCAGAUACACUUCCUAUCAUAUACGAACGGGGAUUAUUUGGAAUUUAUCACGAUUGGUGCGAAUCAUUCAGUGCUUAUCCAAGAUCUUACGACCUUCUCCAUGCUGACCAUCUUUUCUCGAAGAUCCAAAAGAAGUGCAACAUCAUGGGCUUGGUUGCUGAGGUUGAUAGAAUUCUGAGACCGGAAGGAAAAAUUAUCGUCCGUGACACUGUCGAGAUCAUCAAUGAACUCGAGGGCAUUUUCAAGUCCAUGCAAUGGGACAUCCGGAUGACCUACUCCAAGGACAAGGAAGGGUUGCUAUGUGCCCAGAAAUCCAUGUGGCGGCCCAAAGAGGAAGAGACACUUACUUACGCCCUUGCUUAA